UGGAAGUCAAUGAGUGUCUGUUUGAUGUCCACUCUCCUCCUAUAGGAGCUGGUAAGGCUGUCCAGCUGGAGGAGGAGGAAGAGGAGGAGGAAGAGGUCACCCCCACAGCUCCAUUCCCUCGUUCUCCUCCAUCGCCUCCCACCACUUCCACCUUCCAGCUCCCCAGCCCCCCCCUCACCCCGGGGAGCCCCGUCACCCCCUCAGCCCCGAGCCCAGUGGAGGGGCCGGGGACCUCCGAGUGUGUGGUCUGCAUGGAGACCGGGUCUCAGGUCAUCUUCCUGCCCUGUGGUCAUGUCUGCUGUUGCCAUGGCUGCAGCGGGGCGAUGCAGAGCUGCCCUCUGUGUCGCAGCAACAUAUCUCAGCGCGUCCGUCUCUACACCAGCUAGGACCGCCUGCACGGUGCACCUCUCUGUGUUUAUGCAUGGUUAUAAAGCUGCUGACAUGUAAACAAAGGCUUCUGUCAGAUAAUCCAAGAGCUGAGUCACUUUCCUGUAUUAACCAAACAGUAAUCUGUGAAGCAGAAACAAGACUUAUUAGGAUCAUUUUAAUUAUUGUGUGUUGGCAUCCUGUUUUAUUUUUAAAUUGAAUAUACUUUUAUCGUUGUAUUAUAUAUUUAGAGCCGAGUGGACUCCACCACCCACUGACUCUUCUCUGCCUUAUCAUCUGUUCAAUUGAUGUGUGCCUUUUUCUAGAAAUAUCUUUUUAAAUACUAUGUGUCUGUGUCGAAGAUAUACGUAUCCAACAUUAUAUACGAGUCAUUUCCUGUGGGCUGGUUGCCCUCAUCUAUUGCUCUCACUAAUCUACUGUUACCAUGGGUACCUGUAUAUCACUUCAUAUCAACACAGGUUGAGGGGACCCUCCUUUCUCAGCUGCUGUGCACGAUCAGUCCCUCCCACUCUCUAUAUCACAUGACUAUAAAUCCACAGCUGUUUCAUACAGUGUAACAUGGCCCAGGUUCGGUGUGUGGAAUGGUAAAAAUGUGCUCAAAGGGAACUGAUUUUAGAUUUAGAUGUGUAUCAUGUUCAGUCGUCAGAGUGAACAAACGUAUCUCAGCUUUGGCUUGGAGACUGAUGCUUUCUAAAAGGGAACCUGCCGUACAAAGAGGGGGUAUAGAGUUUGAAAAACAUGGAUCAGACCCAAAUGAACAAACCCAAAUCCAGUGGCUUUAUGGGAGAUACAAUGAUUUUGAAGCUCACCUGGAUGAGGUCUAAACGUUAGCUGCUCUGAUGUGUAACCGUUCUUUAAAAAAAAUCUCUCACUAUACCCCAGGCUUUACGAAAAGAAAAGUCAAACUGGCAGAGGACCACUUCAAAACUUGUUAUGUUCCUACUUCUCCACCCGAAGUAUUCAAAUAACCCAGAGACCAAUAGGACCAAUGGACGGUAACCCAGUCUUGGACCUCCCUUUACUUUCUCCCCCCCUUGUCUCUCUCAUAUCUGUUGUUCCCUCUCUUAUCUGAGUUGCUGUUUCGGGUGCACAUGUACGAACUAACAGCCCAUCAGCUGUGUAGCCAUCACUAAUGCUGUUCUACUCUAUAAGUGCUCUUAGCUCUCAGCAUGCUUCAGGAAAUAUCUUCACCUACUGUGUAUGACUGUUACUGUUUUCACUUCUAUACACAAUCUUAUCAAAUCUAUACAAUCUUGCAUUUCAUGUCAGCUUACUGUGAUAUUAAAUAUGUGUUGUCCUCUG